CUUUUUUAUUCCUUUUUUAUUCCUUUUUUAUUCCUUUUUUAUUCCUUGGUUUCUCUAAUUCUUACUUUUACUGCUGACGUUUAAUCUUCUUCCAUUUAUUCUACUCCCAUUUGUUUUCUAUUCUCUACUUCAUAGUCUUUGUCGUGAUAGAAGCUUCCUCAGUCUCACUGUUUUCUACUUGUUGAUUGGGUUUUUUCCAACGAAUUUAUUCACCUUCUAUUUUUUCUCUUGCUCCAUCUUUAUCCGUGGUGACAAGUAGAGGACUGUCUACGUUUGAAUAUGAGUACUAAAGGUCCAAGUAUUGCUCCAAGGUCUCAGGCCCUGGCUGCUUCUCCUCCAGCCAAUUCUCCUCCGGUUAGUUCAAAACCAAUCAUGACUAAGAGACCUUCAAUAUCCAGCGCACCAUCUCCUGCCAAAACUUCUUCUGCUACUUCGUCAACAAGCCUUGCACCAAGUCCUAACGCUAGUGGCUUCCCUCAAAUUAUAACUUCCAAAGAAUGGGUGUUACCUCCAAGACCUAAACCUGGUAGGAAACCUAGUGUUGAUACCCCUGCUUCCAAACGCAAAGCGCAAAAUAGAGCUGCCCAGCGUGCUUUCAGAGAACGUAGAGCUACUAGAGUCCAAGAGCUUGAAGAAAAACUAAUGGAGGUUGAAAAAGAUAAAGAAUUAAGAGAGUUGAACUUGCAUAAUACCAUCAAUAAAUUGAAAGUUGAAAACCAAUUUUUAAUGAAGAGUAUGGAUCAAAUGCGUAAUGAUAUUCUUUCCCUAAAAAAUUCUUCAAAUGUUAUUCCUGGUAAUAAUACCAAUGAUCACUCAAGAAGCCCCGUCAAUUCUCAAAUUCAAAAAGUUUCUCCAAUACACUAUCCUCCAACUAAUUCUCCGGCAGCUUCCUCGAAUAGCUCUUACUCGGUUCAACAAAUUUCCCCUGCUCCUUCUGCCGAUUCUCCUCCCAUUUUCAAUCAAAAUAAUCAAAAUGAUCCUCAUCAUCACCAUCAUCAUAUCCAUACCAGAAAUAAUCUUUCCACUAGCACCCUUACUCCAUCUUCAAAUAAUACUACUCCCGAUAAACCAAUUGGACAAAACAAAACCCAUCAUGACGAAAAUGACUUUGAUUGUGGUAUUUGCUUAAAAGAUGAAUGCCUUUGUGCUAGCGUUGGUCUUAAAGAUACUACAAAUGCCAAUUUGGUUGGUAAAUCUUUAGAAGAAACAAUUAACUCUUUUAAACCAAUGCCGGCAGUUUCUCUAAAAUCUUCUUCUAAAAAAAGAAAAUCAAAUGAAAAUAUCGAUCAAGAAAUUGAUUUUACUAAAGAAUUUGCCGUUCAAAAACCAAUGCCUAAUUUGAAAAAAUUGAAAAGGGCAACAGAUAAUGAUAAAAAUAAUAGCUUAUUACAAUCAAUUCCAGUUAAAAAAGAAAACGAAGAAUUUAAUGAAUCAUCUCCAGUGGAAAAUUGCGGAUUCUGUUCAGAUGAUACUCCCUGUGUCUGUCGUGAAGCUGCUAAAGAAGCUGCAAGAUUAAAUGAAUCUUUAAAUACUGAUUCUCAAAAUCAGUCCCAUCAUCAGCAUGAACAACACCAAGAUGAAGACGAAGAAACCUCUUUACCUCCAAUCCAAUUAAACAAUAAUAGCUUUCGCAAAACGUCUUUACCAGUUAUGCAUCCUGGUCCCUCGGUUGAAAUUAGAGAAAUUACUAAUUUAACUCCUGGCGCCGUUCCAACAGUUGUCAGAAGAAACACCGAUGGUACCACCAUCCCUGAAGAUGAAGAAAAUAAUGAUAAAGAAAAAGAAACCACUGGCUGUACCGGUAAUCCUGGAGCUUGUUUGCAAUGUCAAACUGAUCCAAUGUCCACCUUAUUCUGUGCAACAGUUGCAAAUAAAGUUAAGGAAAGUGAAGAUAAUCCAGAUUCAAAUGAUCAAGCAGAAGCCGCUGACUCUCCUGCUUCAUUGUCUGCUGCCUCUCCGGCAAGAGACUUUUUCAAUUUUAAUGCAAAAUCUAACUCAACUCCUCCCGCUAUCUCAAGAAGUGGUUCUAAAACUAAUAUCCCUUCUUUAGCAAUGACUUCAUUAACGAAUCCUUCAACUCCUAUUGCAACUACCCCAGGAGGUACGGUCACUUCUUCUGGUAUGUUCAUCCCUUGUGCUGAUGCUUAUAAAACUUUAUCGAGACACAAAAAAUUUAAUUCAGUUGAUUUCAGUACUUUAGUCGGUAAACUUACCACUAGAGGUAUGCAAGUUGAAGUACAGUCUGUCGCAAAUGUCUUGAGAGAACUUGACAGAAGAUUGUAUAACUGAUGGCGUCUUUUGAAUGUAUUUUAAUCUUGUAUUAAUCUUUUUAUGACUACAUGUUUUUGCUUGUUUUUAUUAUUCUUGUUUCCUUCUUCUAGUUGGUUUUUGCAAUGGUAAUGAUUUGUUCUAAAUCUUCAAUUCUAAUUUCGGAAUUUAUUGAAUCUUGUAUCUUCCUUUAUUUCUUCAAUGUCAAAUGGUGUCUGGCAUUUUUUAAUCUUUUUGCAGCAUUAAGUGUUGCUAAUACUCUUACGCUUCUUACGUCUUUUAUUCCUUCAUCAAAAAACC